AUGAAUCAAUCCCAUCAUCUUUCACCGGCUACAAUCGAAGAAUAUCAAAUGGCGUUGGCGUACAUGGCUCAUACUGGUCAAACUCCUGCUAAUCUUCUAUCUCGACCUCUUCCUGCUGGUCUCUCUCAAAAUCUAUCUCCACAAAUCCUCGCCGCACUCCAACACCAACAUCAACAAGCUCAAGCUCAAGCUCAAGCUCAAGCUCAAGUACAACAACAACAACAACAACAACAACAACAACAACAACAACAGCAGCAGUACAACAACAACAACAGCAACAGCAACAGCAGCAACAGCAACAGCAGCAGCAACACAACAGCAGCAGGCACAACACCAAGCGCAACAGCAAGCGCAACAGCAAGCACAGCAAGCCCAGUUUCACCCCAACCGUCUGACUCAGCAAGCUCAAAGACCUCAACAAGCGCCUGCAAACAUGUCUAUUCCCCCCAACAAUCUUCCAACUUCACUCCCGAUCAGAUUCGUUCGUUUUUGGCCGAGAACCCGAUUCAAUCCACAAACCUUGCCAACAAUAACAACAUACCCUUCAAUCCAUCACCCCUUACCUCGAAUCGUGUUCCGACCAAUCAACCUAACAAUGUUUCACAACUUCUUCCUCCCUCACAACCUCAGACUCCUCAACAAAAUAUUCCGCCCGAACAAGCGCGAUUGGUCGCUACCAUGCAUGCUGCUCGUCAAGGCCGAUUGACGGCUGAGCAGAUCACCAUGUUGUAUCGUCGACUUGGUCCUGAAGUCUUUCGAAACGCUGGACUCGGUGAUCAUCUGGAUUCAGCUGGACAACUUUCACUUUCUCCAAGUCUUUUCCAAAAUAAUACAAAUCAACAAGUUCACAAUGCUGACUCAGAAUCUUUACGAAUACUCUAUCACAUGUACCUUCCAGCUUCACCUGCCGGACAAACGCCGCUUUCUAAUUUACCUACCUCAGGUAUGACACCUCAGUCACACCAGAGUCAUACUCCAGUUUCACAGGCUCGACUACCCACCCGCCAUCCCGGUGCUUCUCAAAACACACCUCAUCACCAACAGAUUCAACAACAAGCCAAUCAUCUAUCCCAAUCAGCUCCUCUCCAUUUACACCAACAUCAACAACAAUCUCAGCAGCAGCAGGAGCUUCAGCAGCAACACCAAGCGCAAGCUUUACAUCAGCAAGUCCAACAGCAGGCCCAUCAGCAGGCGCAACACCUUCAUCACCAGCAACAGCAACAACAUCAAACACAACAGCAACAGCACGCGCAAUCGAUCACUUCACAGCAAGGACAGGGUCAGCAUGCACAUCCACACCCUAAUCAACCCUCAUCUUCACAAGUUACCUCGGGACCUGAUAUGGACGAGAAAGCAUAUCUGUCCGUGAGAAAUCAUAUAACCAUGCUACAGACGUUAAGUAGCCGCAUUGAACAUAUGCAUCGUUCAUUGGCUACCGGUGUCAUGCUGCCCACUUCGACUCAACCGAUCGCGAGACCGAUCACUGCAGAAGAAAGACCAGUCAAAGAAGCCGAAUUGGCAAACGCGCGGAACACGGUGAUCCAACUUCAGAGUACCAUUACAUCGCUGAUCAAACAGCACGGUGGGAUGGAUCGAUUUGGCGAACUGAUCAAGAAAUUCAUACCCGCUGGUGGCACGCCUGUAUCGAGUGGAUCUAACAAUCUCACAAUGCCCAAUCCAAAUCAGCCUCGUCCAGCCUCUUCGAAUGCCAAUCAAUCGCAUUUACAGCUUCAACAGCAACACCAGCAAAUGUUACAAAACCAACACCCGGUUCAAAACCAGUCUCAAUUCCAAGCUCAAUCCCAACAUCACCAACAACAACAGCAGCAACAAGCACUUGUACAAGCGCAGCAACAAGUGCAAGCUCAGGCUCAAGCUAAUCAGAAACGCGCUGCGCAAGCUCAAGUGGAAGCUCAGGCUUUGAUUCAUGCACAAGCCUUACACGCUCAACAGCAACAGCCUCAUCCACAUCAGCACCCCGGUCUUCUCAAUCAGCAGCAGGCGUCCGCUCACCCUCAUUUGAUCAACGAACCUGCCUUUCCCGGUGCACUCACUCCACAACAACAAUCGAGACAAUUAGCUUCGGGAGGCCAACCUGCGAUGCCGUUUAGCAGCCCGAAUUCUCAUAACGCACAGGCCAAUAAUGCCUCUGAUCAUCUCGCGCGUUUCCAGAACCAGCAACUCCAACAACAGUAUACAUUUCGCGCGGGCAGUCCACGUCAAGCGGGGACCACCCCACAACCACCUCGGCCAUCUUCCACGGUUCCGCCUCAUCCCUCUACAUCCACUAAUGUCUACAAUAAUGCUCCAACUGCCAAUGCGAUCCAAGCAAAAAAGUUCUUGAGUGUCUUACGAGACAAUUGUGCUCGUAAAGGAAUUCCUUGGACCGGAUCGCCUAUCUUCAAAGGAAAAGAAUUGGACCUUUUCAAGCUCUUUAGCGCCUGUUGUGCUGCCGGCGGUUACGAACGGAUCACAGCCGGUAGUCUUUGGGGCCACGUGGUCAGGCGAUUAGAACUUGGAUGUAAUCCUGCCGAUAAGGAUGAAAUGUUGACGGCGGGAAAUGAGCUAUGUGAGAUUUAUCGAACCUACUGUUUCGAUUUUGAACAGAUUUUCUUGGCCGCUGUUCGAAAACAACAAGAAGACAUGAAGCAUCUACCCGCAAGAGGAUUUGCUCAACAGCCAGCCGCGCAGGCUCCGGUACAACAGACACCGCAACCACAAAGCCAGAUGGUCCCGCAUGCGUCUCAAACCCACCUUGAGCACUUGCAGCCAGCCGAUCUUCAUCAUCGACCUGCACAAGGUCCUCUCGUUUCAGUUCAUCAGGCUCAAGCUCAUCUCGACAAUAUCGCUAGUGAGCCGCGUGGCAUUCCUUCGCACGUUUCUGUUCAGCCCUCGACCUCCCAUCAGCUGCAACAAGGUCCAUCGCUGCCUCAUGUUCAAUCCACGCUUCCUCAUGUGGGAUUACCUCAGCAAACUUCACAGCCUGUUGGAAAUCAGAAGCGGGCUGCUCAAUUCAGUCCACCCAGUUCACAACCACCGAUCACCCAACUUUCUUCACACUCGGCAGAGUCAAUCAUGUUAUUGUCCGAUGAUGCCUUACGUGGAAUGAACAUACCGGAAGAAUUCAUUGCGAAAAUCAGGCUGGCUCGUCUUACACGUGACCAAAAGGGCUUGGGAAGCCUUAACCGUCCUAACCAUCAAGCUCCGAACCCUAACGAACCGACAUCCUUCCCGCCAACUCAUUUGUCAAAUGAUGCUAGACAGCCACCUCCAGCUGCAAAGAUAUCGGAAGCCACCAAUCUCAUCAAUCAGCUCAAAACGGAUUGUUUGCCACAUGCGAGAGGGGUCUGGCAAGAGUAUAAGCUUUCGGCUCCAAAAGACUUGACACCGGCCGAUAAGGAACAAUAUAGUAAACAAAUGGAUGACAUCGCAGGGACCUUUCAGGUCGUGAUGCCCCGUUUGCCAGAGUUUCUUGUCGCUACUGGUGGAUUAGAUCAUGUGAAACAACUGCUAGUGAUGGCAUCCGUCUUUCAUAUGGGAUAUAUGGCUCUUAAACAGAACGAAUACUGCCUCGGUCAAAAUGAGAUGAAACAGAUUCGAGAGCUUGCGGAAGGGCUUAAGCACUUUAUGAUGUCACGGCAAAAUGUCUCCGUCGCUGGCUCAUCGCAGGUCGUAGUGGAAGAACAACAGCAACGACAACCACCUGCGCCUACUACGGUGAACUCACCUCAGUUCGAACAGCAUCUUAAACAAGGACUCCGAGUGGAAGAUCUUAAGCAGCCUCCAUCUAAACGAGCCAAGCUUGCUAAUAACCAUACCAGUCCCGAGCUCAGCAACCUGUCACCAUCACCUCUUGAUCCAUUGGAGACUGGGUCGCCUCUUUCGACCAAAUCUCCCGGAGGACCUGCAGCGUCGCGUCGCAAUGCGGGAGCUAGUCGUGCUGGUCAAGGUGGCAAGAAUACGAAAAAGACUCCAGCAGCCAAGCCCGCUGUCAAAGCUUCGCAUCUAAUCAUGGCCGAAGUCAAAGCUGAGCUCGCUGCCAAAAAGAAGGCAGAGGAAGAGGCCGCCGCGGCUGCGGCUAAUGCUGAAGCUCAAACAGCUGCGAAGGGACCAACAAAUGCGCCAGGGUCCUCAGAGCCUCCCAAGGUAGGAAACUCUGGUGAUCAAGGCUCGAACUCGCUGGUCGGAGCUCCUGAAGAUCGCACAGCCAGUACUUCGGGAGCAGUCGAAGCCAACAAUCAAGACCAACGUCCUUCGUCACCUGACAAUACCUUGACGAUGCUGGAUGAUUUGAUGAAAGACUUUUGGGAGCAAGCUCUUCCUGGAUCUGCCGGCCUGGGCCACGACUUGAUACCGGAUGUUAAGCUUCCUAUCAUCCCCAAUGAAGGUGAUAUUCGAGACGAAAACUUGCUCAGUGGUGGAUGGUUGAAGCCUGAGAUGAUCGCCCAAGUGGAAUCGAAAGCUGGGGAGGAAAAGAGAAACUCGACGGUGAUGCCACUUGAUAUGACGGUCUUUAUUCCCACCGGAUUGGAAUCAUCUUUAAUUGAGCAAGUUGAUCCAAAGGGCGCAGGUCAGGGGGGUGCAGGAAAGAAGAGGAAACAGACGGAUUGGUUGAUGGAACCAGGAUGUCAUCCCAACGGGUGGUCAGAUGAUUUCAUAGGGAUGUUUUUCAAGCCGGAACCCGAUGAAAAGGUCUCGGAUCCUACUCCUCCCACCCCACCUUCAGCACCGACUUCUGACUCGACCGCAAUACCACCACCAGUCAAGACUACAGUUGAUACCAGCGUAGUAAAACGAGUGAGGAUAGCUGAUGAAGAGACACCAGCGUUUUCACCUAGUAAGCUUUCAUCUGAUAGUACACCAGGAUCGGAUAAUAUGGCGGAUACGAAUGGAGUGAAUGGGACUGGAAACUCUACUAAGAAGGUUUGGUUUGGAUAUCAAUUUGAAGAGGAUGCUGAAAUCCCAUUUGAGUUGAUGAUGUCAGCCACCGAAGGAAGUGGAAUCAAUGAAAAGUUUUGGACUAAACCGUUUGGAAGUGGAUUGGAUUCAGUGGUAGGAGAUCGAACUAAUAAACAUGGUAGGAAUGCAGGUAUUAAAGGAACUGCAGUGAUUGCUAAAUCGUUUUGA